AUGUAAUAUAGGUCAAGCAAACCUCCUCAAACAGUCAAGAAUUAAGUGGCAUCGUUCUUUCCAAAAUAAACGUUCUCUCCUACAAAGUCGCAUAUUGAACACUUUGUUUCUGAAAAUCCAACUCCACAUUAUAAAAAAUAAUCACAACCUUAUCCACCUAGAUAACAUUCAUUUAAUAUAUCAAGUGGAGAAAGCUUAGAAUAAAAUCACAAAAAAAAGUAGAAUUCAAACUUUAGUCAAGAAAAGAAAGCUCAAAAAUAACUCUUUAAUAUAUUGUUUAAUAAUCCAAAGCGUAAUGAAAGUUUUUGUAAAGAUAUGUACAUCUAUAUUAUAAUGAUAGGAAGAAAUAACCUAGAUAAAGUUCAAUUAAUAAUUAAAUAUAGAAUUAGUACUUUCCAAAUAAGCAAAAACUAUCUUAAACAAUGCAAAAAAAGUAAUCAAAAAUAAAUAACAGUAUGGAGGGAUAGUAGACAGUUGAUUUGAGUUUUGAGAACAUCUUAAUCAAAGGUCUUUAAGAUCAUAGUGGAUUUUAGAGUGAUACAACUAAACCUUUAGAUGAUUAUAAUCCUAGAGCUAUUAAAUUCUUAGAAAAAGGCAAAUAAUUAUUAAGAGAAAAGCAAAUUGAAGAAGCUAUUGAGUAUUCUACCUAUAUAAUUUUAGAUAAUUAAAAAAAUGUUUAGAAAAUGAUACCAGAUUAUUAGAAGGACAUUACUUUUUAGGUAUUGGUUAUCUUGGUAAAUAACUAUAUCCAAAAGCAAUAACAGAAUUUUAAUAUGUUAUUUAAUAAGAUGCUACACAUAGAAAGAAUAUUUAUUUAUUAUUAGCUAUAUGCCAUAAAAAAAUGAAUGAAUUGGAUUAAGCAAUUGCUAUUCUAAACAAAGUCAUAUUAAUGUUUCCUAGAUAUUAUGAUGCCUUUAUUUAUAGAGGUAAACUGUUUACAAAGUUAAAUUAAAUUGAAAAAGCAGAAUCUGAUUUUAAUAUGGCAAUUCAAUUAAGUCCUCAAAAAGGAUUAGGAUAUUUGGGAAAAGCUGAUUGUUUAAGGAUAUAAAAUUAAUAUAAAGAAGCUAUUAAAUGUUAUUAAAAAGCUAUAAAUUGUGAAUAAGCUGUUGGUAAUGCUGCUUUAUUGAAAAAAGCAAUUACUCUUUAUGAAAGCUAAUAAUAUGAUGAAUGUGCAAAAGAUUUAAGUAAACUUUUAGAAACUGAACCAACUAAUUCUGAAGCUUACUAUUUUAAAGGACUUUGUAGAUUAAAAAUAAGUAUUUAUUAUAUAUAUUUUAGAGAAUCCUACUGAAGCUUUAUUAUGUUUUGAAUAAGCUAUCAAACAUAAUAAUUCUAAAAAAGCUGUCACUAAAUCAUUAUAUGAAAUUGCAAAAAUGAAGAUUGAAUAAAGAGAUUUUUAUGCUGCUUUUCAUACAUUAAAUAGAUCAGCACUUUUAGAUACUGAAAAAAGUUACUUAGAAAAAUUUAGAUUAUUUACUGAAGUAAUUUAUUUAUUAAUUAUUAUAGGCUGUCAUAUAUUUGAUGAAGAGAAAAUUUUAAGAGAGUUUAAACAAUUUUCAAGAGAUUUAAAAUCAUCAUUAAUUAAAUGAUUUUCUUAAACCUUUAUAUUAUGCUUAUAGAGCUUAUGGUCACUUUUGUUUGUCUAAACAUUAAAAGGCUUUGGAGGAUUAUAAAUAUUUAUUAGAAAUUCAACCAGCUGAAUCUAGUGUUCAUUAUAAUAAAUUCUUAUGUGAAGGAAUCUUAAAAAUUUAAACUGGAUAAUUCAAUUCUGGUAUGGAAUUCUUUUAAAAAGCCUAAAAGAUUUUCUAAAAAAAAAUGGAACCUUCUUUUUAUUAAGGAGUAACAUUAAUAAAUUAAGCCUUUAAAAAGAAAAGUGAUUAAUAUAAAGAUAUAAUUAAGGGAUUAGAAUUAUUAGAUAAAGCAUAAAGUUUAAAUGAUUAAAAUGCAAAUGUAUAUUAUGUUAGAUCUAUAGUGAAAUGUUUUUUAGGAUAAAGUAAUGAAGCUUUGGCAGAUAUUGAAUCUGCUAUUCAAAAAUCAGAAGAUAAUGUUGCUAAAUAUUUUUAUUUUAGAGGAAUGGUAUAUGGAAUUCUUAAAUAAUAUCAUCAUUCUUUAAAUGAUUUUAGCAUUUGUUUAACAUUAGAUGAAACAUUUGCUGAUGCUUAUUUAAAUAGAGCUAAAUGUCAUUUUUUAAGUGGAGAUUCUAAUUCUGCAUUUCAAGAUUUACAAUAAUGUAUACAUAUAUUAUAAGAUGAUCCAAGAAUGCAUGUAUGGGCUGGUAAUUUUUUAUUUGCUAAUGCUGCUAUAGAGGAUGCAAUCAAAGCCUAUUCUAAUAAUAAAGAUUUCAAAAAUAAUCCUAAAUUAAUACAAUUAAGAUCAGAAUGUUAUAUGGUUUUAAGUGAUUUGCGUCUUUGUUAGGAAGAUGUUAAUAGACUUCAUAAAUUGACUAAAGAUUAAACAGCUGAAUUUGAUAAGGAUAUUUUAUAAGCAUUGAGAUUAGUCUUUAAAGAUGAUUAAUAAAUUUAUUUUAAUGAAGAUAGUGAAAGUGAAUAACAUGAAUUAAAAAAUAAUUUAAAUAGAGCUGUAAAUAGUCUAACAUAACUAGUUAGAGGAAAAGGUAGAUUAUUUUAGUAAUUCCAUGUUUUUAUAUUCCGAGGAGUAUUCUUAUUUCAUUUAGAGAAAUAUGAAGAGGCAUUGAAAGAUUUCUAAAUGGCAAAAAGUUAAAAGGAACUUUCAAUAACAGAAAAACGAUUAAGAUAAAGAGAAAGUUAAAGUGAUUUAUUUAGUGAUGAAGAUUAUUUUGAACUUACUGAAGAUGAGGAAGAUGCAGAUCUAUUAGAAAUUUUAGAAAUAAAAUUUAAUGAAUUAAUUUGCUUAAUAAUUUUAAAAUAAUUUAAAAAAGCAAAAGAGAAAUGUAAAUAAUUGAUUGAAAAUAUAAAUGAAGCAAAAUAAGAAGGUUUAUAAAUUCUUUUAAUGCAUAUUGAAUAAAUUUUAUUAAAGGAUUAACAACCUAUUGAUUAUUAAAGAGUGAUUUGUUUAUAUGAUGAACCUAAAGAAAAUAUAAUUUGUUUCUAAGUUCCUAUUAUAUUUGUUGAUGGAUUUAAGAUUAGAUUAUCAUUUAGUUUACCAAAGUUAUCUCCUCCAUCAUUAUCAAUUGUAUUUGAUAAAUAAUUAAUUUAAAAUAUUGGAGUAAUUUAUUAAUAUUCAAUUUUUUUAGCCUUUGUCUGUUGAAAAUAAACCUGAAGCUCCAUGGAUUAGAAGAGAAUAGUCAGAUGAUAUGAUUAUAUUUACUGAUAAUGUUUAAUUAAUUGAUGAUAUAAGAUUAGAAACAGAAAUAGAGGAUGAUAAUAAACAUUAAGCAUAAUCUUAAAUGGUAGAAAUUACUCAAAUAAAAAAUAAUUUAAUGUUGGAUAAGGAAAUUGAAGAAAAAUUAUAAAGAUUUUUCCAAAAUAAAUAACAAAAAUGA